AUUUUUAUGGAUGCAUCCGAUCAAGAAUUUCGAAUUGUUUGGGAUCAACAUUCUAUCCAAGGCCAAGGGACCAAGCAAGAGCAAUCUGUCCACAUCAAUCAAAAAGAGUUGCUAGUGAUCGACAAGGUGUUUCAAUUUAUUCCUUUUCACAGGCAUCACAAUCUCCAAUUAUGCAUGGACAACACAUCCGCAAUUGCGUACAUCAAGCACUUUGGGGGACCCGAAUCCUCAACCCUCAACACCAUAGCUCUCGAUAUAUGGACAUACUGCUUUCAGAAUUCCAUUCAGCUGUCAACUUUAUACGUC